AUGUUGGGUUCAUCCUCUUCCUCUCAUCAACACAAAAAUAAUAAGGAUCUAGAUUCGCCGCAGCCACCACCACCGCGGUCCAUCGCCAUGCGACAACUCCUCACCGCCGCCCAACUAAUCUCCCAGUCUGAUCUCUCCGCCGCGAACCACCUCAUCUCCAUCCUCUCCUCCAACUCAUCCGCUUACGGCGAUUCAUCCGAAAGAUUAGUCCACUCUUUUACUAAAGCUCUCUCCCUUCGCCUCCACUACCACCACAAAAUCUUCCUCAAUGUCAGUCCACUAAAGAGUUUCAUGAAGCCUCCAAGUUAUAAUAUAAAUAUUUACAAUGAUCAAUAUGAUUCAGUUCUCCAAUCAUCCUAUUUGUCACUAAACAAAAUAACUCCUUUCAUUAGAUUCGGUCAGUUCACUGCUAAUCAAGCCAUCUUAGAAGUCAUUGAUUAUCAACAAAACAUUCACAUAAUUGAUUUCGAUAUCAUGCUUGGUGUUCAAUGGCCACCCUUAAUGCAAGCCAUUUCCAACCACCAUCCUCCCCCAACUCUCCGAAUAACCGCCAUCGGUACAAACUUAAAUACCCUCCGGCGAACCGGUGAUCGUCUCUCUAAAUUCGCACGUUCACUCGGACUCAAGUUCAGUUUCUACCCACUCUUACUCCCAAACACAAACAAUGAAACCCUAACCGUUGACCAUCUUAUCAACCACCUGUCUGAUGUCCUACUCUUGCCUAACGAAACCCUAGCCGUCAAUUGUGACUUUUACCUCCACCGUCAUUUGAACAACCGUGACAAGCUUUGUUUAUUGCUUAGAAAAAUCAAAUCUAUGAAGCCUAGGGUUGUUACAUUAUCCGAACAAGAAGCAUACCACAACAACCCUAUAUUUUUAUCAAGGUUUAUGGAAGCUAUGAAGUAUUACACUGCAGUGUUUGAGUCUCUAGAAGCAACACUGCCGCCGAACAGCCGGGAGAGGAUUGAGGUGGAGCAAGUAUGGUUCGGGAAAGUGAUCGCCGACAUAGUGGCGGAGGAGGGAGAUUGCCGGAAAGAGAGACAUGAAAGAUUCAGAUCAUGGGAAGUGAUGAUGGUAAGUGCUGGUUUUCGUAAAGUUCCUCUCAGUGGUUAUGCUCUUUCACAGGCUAGAUUGCUGUUGAGGCUUCAUUAUCCAUGUGAAGGUUAUAAUCUUGAGGUUAUUGAUGAUUCUUUCUUCUUAGGUUGGGGGAAUCAGUCUCUUUUCUCUGUUUCAUCUUGGCGUUAAUUGAUUAAGGGUUGUUAGAAUUCAUAUGAUUAAUAAGGAU